AUGUCAGAACUUGAAACACUCUUCUCAGCAUCAAAUCCAAAUUCUGACAAGACAUUAAAAACAAAAUGCAAAGCAGCCAAUGGACCCGAAAAAGUACAACUGAUUGAGCAUAGGCGAGCAUAUUACUCUGAAGUAAUGCUUUCAAAGGUGAAGACACCAUUGCCUGAAUUGAUGGAACAUGUCCUUAAUUUGGAUGAAUUAGCAAUGAAUAUUGAGCAGGCUUAUCAAGGAGAACCUGAAAUGUUGGGAAAAUGUGAACAAUUCUUCUUAGAGCUAAUGAAAGUUCCACGUUCAGAAGCAAAGCUUGUAGUUUUUUCAUAUAAGAUACAGUUUAGUGCACAUUUUACAGAACUUAGGGAAAAGUUAAGCAUUGUAUAUCUAUCAGUAGAACAGCUUGUUAGUUCUGUAAAGUUGAGGAGAGUCAUGCAGACAAUUCUUUCUCUUGGAAAUGCUUUGAACCAGGGAACUACAAGAGCAUUUGAUUUCCACAGCUCUUGGGUGGUACCAACAACUGUAUUGAUAAGUGGAUGGUCUAUAAUGGUCAAUACAAAUGUUCAAAGAUCAAAUCCCAAAAGAGAAAUUUCUGAAGACCAAUAUGCAAACAUAAAAAGCAUGCUUCCAACAAAUACAAUGUCUCCUUACAUUGCAGGAAAAAUCCACAGAACUCUUUGGGAAUCCACCUUUUGCGGAUCCAUUAAAGCCUCUGCGGAUCCAGCUACAGCUUUGCGGAAUGUUUACUGUCUCUUGCGUCCAUUGGUUAUCUGGCUCUUGCUGCCAUUGGUACUCGGUGCAACCCUGCCAUUGGUUCUGUGGCUCUUCCUGCGGUUGGUAUUCGGUCUCUUGCACCCAUUGGUUAUGUGGAUCCUGCUGCCAUUGAUGUUCGGUCUGUUGUGUCCAUUGGUUGACUGGAUGCUGCUGCCAUUGAUGUUCGGUCUGUUGUGUCCAUUGGUUGUCUGGCUGCUGCUGCCAUUGUUGUUUGGUAUGUUGCGUCAAUUGGUUCUCUGGCUCAUGCUGCCAUUGGUUUUCGGUCGCUUGCGUCGGUUCCUCUUCUGUCGCUUUUGUCCCACUCCCUGA